CCAAGAUACGUACGGUAUUCCUGCCUCAUCUGAGGUUUUGUGUUCUAAGGUUUCAGUCACCCGUGGUCCACCACGGUCCAGAAGCAGAUGGUCUCCAUUCUGACCUAUUGUCAGAAGGUCGGUGGUAGCCCAACGCGACCUCACACUCCUGCGCCGCCCGCCUCACCUCAUCUCAUCACGUGGGCAUUUUAUCAUCUCCCAUCAUCACAGGAAGGAUGGCUUACGUGAAGAUGCGCUUGAUGUACAUUUCCCUGGUGGUCCUGGGAGCCCUCUGUUUGUAUUUUAGCAUCUACAGCCUGACUCCUUUUAAAGACGAGCCGUUUGUCUUCAAGAAAGAAAGGGGGAACUUCCUUCAGCUUCCAGAUAUCAACUGCAGGCAGGAUCCCCCCUUCCUUGUCCUGCUGGUGACCUCCUCCCACGAACAGAUGUUUGCUCGCACGGUCAUCCGGAACACGUGGGGGAAAGAAAAGAAUGUGAGCGGAAGACUCAUAAAAACCUUCUUCCUUUUGGGAGCCACAUCCAGUAAAGACCUGUCGAAAGUGGUAGUGCAGGAAAGUCAGCGGCAUCGCGACAUCAUCCAGAAGGACUUCAUGGACGCCUACUUCAACUUGACCCUGAAGACCAUGAUGGGUAUCGAGUGGAUCCACCGCUUCUGUCCUCAGGCGGCUUUCGUGAUGAAAACGGACUCGGACAUGUUUGUCAACAUCUACUACCUGACCGAGCUGCUCCUCAAGAAAAACAGAACCACUCGGUUUUUCACCGGCUUCUUAAAACUGAACGAAUUUCCGAUUAGGGACAAGCACAACAAGUGGUUUGUCAGUAAAUACGAAUAUCCGUGGGAGAAGUACCCGCCCUUUUGCUCGGGCACUGGCUACGUGUUUUCCAGCGACGUGGCAAGUCACGUGUAUGAUGUGUCCGACAGCGUCCCGUUCAUUAAGCUCGAAGACGUCUUCGUGGGGCUCUGCCUGGCAAAACUGAAAAUCGGGCUGGAGGAACUCCACUCCGAGCAGACCUUUUUCCCAAACGGGUUGGCCUUUUCCACGUGUCGUUUUAGGAAGAUCGUGGCCUGCCAUUUCGUCAAGCCUCGCAACAUGCUGAGCUAUUGGCAGGCUCUGGAAAAUUCUCUGGAAGAGGAGUGUCCAGCUGUCUGAGCAAGCCCAGGGGCCCAUGCGGACACACUUGAGACAACCCAUAGUUUGGAAGCUCUUCAGGGGGCAUUGCUGAGGGUCCUCGUGGGGCAGGGAGGGAGUGAGGGGGGAGGAGGAAGAGGCAGGUGAGGGUGC